GCGUAUAUAUUUAUUUAUUUAUUAUACUAUAUCAUAUAUUAGUAUACAUUAUAUUUACAUUUGUAUAGUAAUUUAACGAUUUUCUGUGUAGGAAUAAAAGGACUAAUUGUUGUCGGGGAUUUUCCCUUAUAAUAAAUCCAUACGAUUUUAGAAAGUGUCAUUUUAAAAUCCCCGCGAUCCCCGUGAAUGCGCAAUUCAGUGACAAGCAAUGGCCACAUACAGAACAAUCCAAUCUACCGUACACUUCAGGAUACACUGCUGUCUGCUGCUUGUAGAUGAUUUGAUAAUAUUAGUAAAUCCUGAAGUGACCCCUCACAUGUCGGUUUUCUGCAGGUUGUGGGGUCCUACAAUAUGAUGUAACCCAGAGAUAAUGUGAUGCUGCAGAAUGAUCGGGACACACAACCCCAGGAGCGUGUGAAAGUGCAGCAACUAGUGACACAAGAGCCCAGCUGGAACCCGGAUCUCCAUGAGGACCAAUGUCUCAGCGCCUUCACUGUCCACUUCUCCGGGCAGUUCACUGGCACAGCUGCUGGUGCCUGCAGGUAUGGGCCAUUCACUGCACCCCCUGCCAACCAGGCAUCCACUGGGCAGCCCAGGAUGUUCACCAAUGCCCCCUACCUGUCCAACUGUCUGGAAAACCAGCAAAGUAUCAGGAACCAAGGCUACAGUACAGUGGCUUUUGAUGGCACCCCAAGCUAUGGUCAUACUCCAUCUCACCAUACAGCACAGUUUACCAAUCACUCAUUCAAGCAUGAAGACCCUAUCAGUCAACAGACCUCCCUAGGUUAUGAUUUCCCUGCAGGAGACCAGCAGUACUCUGUGCCUCCUCCAGUGUAUGGCUGUCAUACUCCUACUGACAGCUGCACAGGCAGCCAAGCUCUCCUGCUCAGAUCCCCAUACAACAGUGAUAACCUCUACCAAAUGACCUCGCAGUUGGAAUGUAUGACAUGGAAUCAGAUGAACUUAGGCACAUCACUGAAAAGUCAUGGAACGACUUAUGAAAAUGACAGUCACAGCGCCCCAAUGUUAUACAGCUGUGGGGGUCAGUACCGGAUACACACGCAUGGAGUGUUCAGAGGCUUACAGGAUGUUAGACGUGUUCCAGGAGUGCCCCCAACUAUAGUUAGGUCAACUUCAGAAACCAAUGAAAAGCGACCCUUCAUGUGUGCAUAUCCUGGAUGCAACAAGAGAUACUUCAAGCUAUCCCAUCUGCAGAUGCACAGUAGAAAGCACACGGGAGAAAAACCCUAUCAAUGUGACUUUAAAGACUGCGAAAGGAGAUUUUCUCGUUCAGAUCAACUGAAAAGACACCAAAGACGGCACACAGGUGUCAAACCUUUCCAAUGUAAAACAUGUGAGCGAAAGUUCUCCAGAUCUGACCACCUGAAGACGCACACCAGGACUCAUACAGGUAAAACAAGUGAGAAGCCUUUCAGUUGCAGAUGGCCUAGCUGUCAGAAGAAGUUUGCCCGGUCUGAUGAGUUGGUCCGACAUCACAACAUGCAUCAAAGAAAUAUGACAAAACUUCAGCUGGCCUUAUAGGUGCCAAAGGAUGAGGUUGAAUAGACUUAUAUAUAUAUGUCUACUGUAUUAUAUACAAAGAUUCCAGCACUUCCACCCAGUGGACUUCUAAUAUACCAAUGAAGAGGUGGGACUUGGCUGGCUGACCUGGCUACAGGAAUGGGUGGAUUCAUCUAUCGCAACGGCCAUAAAGCUGGAGGCCUAAAGGCCGAAUGAGUCUUUCAAUAUCCGUUCAGGGCUUUAUUUGGAAAAAAGAAGCGUUUGGCCAAUAAAAUUAACGUGACCCUUCACAUGGGGAACCUUGGACAACACUGGUCAAAUGAGGGACUAUACUUAUACUGUAUAUAAACCUUAUUCUACUUAUUUAACUUGCGGAGAUGCAACACAGUCUGCAGCAUGAACAAGUCUAUAAUGGUAACAUUGAUGUAGUGUUGUUGUGUGGUGAGGUUUCUACUGAUUUUCCAAAGCAUUGAUGCUUGUUCUUAGUUUUUUUUUUCCUGCAGAUGUUUUACUUUAUGCAGAAAUAUUGCUGGCAACUUAAUAAUGGACAUCCAUUAUACAGUAGGUAUCUUUAUAUGGCAUUCAGGUGGCAAUACAGUAGGUAACAUUUACUUUAUCAUGUUUGGCUCAACUACAGAUUACUCAAUCCUAAUCUGUCUUCAAUUAAAAAAAUAUAAAAAUUUGAAAAUAAACAAUUACCUACUAUACACCCCAAGGUGUAGCUAUAGGGGGUGCAGUAGUAGCAGACACACCUGGGUGCUGGUGCCUGAGGAUACCAUAAGGCCCUUCUGCCACAUAAUAAGAUACUGGGACUAUGAAUAGCAUGGAAAGUUUGGGCCCUGUUAAAUUUUGCAUUGGUGGCCUGUAGCUUUUAUACUUCUGUGAUGGCAGCACACAUUGGGCCUCAUUUACUAAGAGUUUCGGGUUUUUACUAGUGUGAAAAGUUGUUUCAGACUUGUAGGAUUCCACUCUAUUUACUAUUGGGAAAAGUCGGGAACAUUUUCCGACCAGCUUUUUCUAGGUCGAUAUUUUAUGCCAUUUACCCCAGGAUUUUCUGUGAAUUCAAUAGUAAAUCCAUUGGGUUGUGAAGCCACACCCCUUUUCGGGUCAAUCACGCCCACUUUGCGACAAACCACGCCCCCUUUUCGGCUUUUCACAGUGCAAUGUCGGGUUUGUUGGAUUUUUUAGGCGCACACUGUCGCAAAUUGGCGGAGACUGGCGCAGACUUGUCUCAGACACUGCGCCAAAAUAACCAGACAAAAACCAGUCGGUUUCAGCUUAGUAAAUGAGGUCCAUUGACUUUAAAGGGGUCAACCAGGAAAAAGCAAAUUGCAGGGUCUCUUGCUGCUUCAAAAUUUUUGAUAUACAUUCCAAAAACACAUAAACAGAGCAUUUGAUUUCACUUUUCAAUUGGUUGUCCAUAUCUCAUUCCAUCUCAUUGUCAAGACUGCACAUCUUCACAGUUUUUUGAUGGAACUUCCGUCAGCUUAAAGGAAAACUGUAACCCUGAUCAUCCACAGUAAACCCAAUACACUGGGUU